AUGUCGAACAGCUGUAUCUGCGAUGAGGAAUCUGCCCCAGAGGAGAUAGUCGAAAGAGUCGACAGAGUCGAAAGACCCGGAGUCGAAAGAUUCGACAGAGUCGAAAGACUCGAUAGAGUCGAAAGACUCGGAAUCGAACGAGUCAAGGUUUUAGAGAUCAGUGAUGAAGCCCUACUUGUUCUGAAGCGAAUGCAGGAUCGCAGGGUGACCUCAAGCGGCUCUUCUAGUUCCACGGAGCCAGCUUCAACAGACUUACCUUCUCCCGAGGCUGUACUCACCACAGAGCAGCGGUUGCAUUACUUGAGAUUAGCUUUAGCAGCUCCAGAAAUCACAGACCGGCUAAAGAAGAAACAUUUGCAGAAAAGGAUCGAAACAACAAGAGACAGCUCUGAAGGAUCCAAAGAUUCCACUGAUAGCACUAGCUCGAGUCGUGGUCAUGGAGCACUGCUUUGUCUUGUUUGGGCCGUUGGUCUCAUAGAAGGCCUUGGCAUUCUAGCGCUGCCCGCUGUGGCAUUGCCUUUGAUCAGCGAUUUGGGGCUCUCACUGCAGAACCUCAUGGCAGUUGUAUUAGCACAGGCAAUAAGCCACGCACUUGCAUUGCCCAUUUGGGCAGCGCUGGCUGAUGCCAAUGCAGCAAAUCGCAAGACCCUCUUGGCCCUUGGCAUGUUUUCCAACGGAGGUUUAACUUGUAGUUUUGCUGCAGCAAAUGCAUUGGUUCCACUCAUUCUGCUUGGCGUUCUCAACGCCAUUGCCAUGGCCUCACUCCGCUCUGUGAGUCUCGGUCUCCUCGCAGAGGUGACCUCGGAGCAGUACCGUGGGAGGAUCUUCGGCUGUUUCUCCUUGGCCAAACAUUUAGGAAUAGCGCUAGGAUGCUUUGCAAAUCCUUGGCUUUGUUCGCAAAGCCUUUUUGGCUUCGAGGGAUGGAGAAUAGCAAUUCUGGCUUGUGGGCUUCUCUCAAUGCUCCUGAGUUUAUUCGUCGCUCUCACGAUGAAAGAGCCUCCGCGCGAAGCACGCCUCACUGACAUGGAGCCAGGUGUCCGUGCUGAGCUUUGGCGGCUGGCCCGCUACUGUCGCUUUCCUUCAUUCUUAUUGAUCGUGUUUGCGGGAUGUCUCAAAUGCGCCUCCUGGACUGUUAUGGGCUACCACAUCUUAAUCGUGGAGUCUGUCGGGUUGGCUCAUCCAGAGGUCACGCUUCGUGGCUUGGGACAGGUCUCUGCUGCAUGUGGCGCUCUCUUUGGCGGCCUGUUGGCCGAUCUUAUGGCAAGGUGCCUUCCGUCUCACGGACGAAUUCUUGUAGCGCAGGCUUCAGUGGCGUUGAUUCUCCCGAUGAGUUUCUUUGCUAUGAAGGCUUCACCCAACACAGGUUGGGAAUUACUUUAUCAAGCGUCCUUUACUUCUGGGAUUGGCUUCACUUCCACCUGGAUCAGUGGGGCUUGCCUUCCAAUUGUCGUUGAUUUGGCACCCACUGGUCGCAAGAGUGGCAUCAUAGCAUGGCAAAUGGCAUUGGAGCAAGUCUUCAGUGUGGCAGCCGCAUGCAUCAUUGGGGUUUCUGCUCCCAAAAUUGCUGGCCACGAGCUGCCUGGCGUCCAGACUGCCCUGUCGCUAGCUAUGCAGCAGAUCGUUGUCGACAACGAUCCGCAAAAGUCAUCAGAGGACAUCAUACGUUUGACGCACAAUCGCGAGGGAUUUGCAAUGGCUGUCUUCGCGAUGAUGGCGUUGUUCUGGGGAUUGGCACUUUGCUGCUACAGCUUGCUGCAUUGGAGCUAUCCUCGAGAUUGGUACCGUGCAAAGCAGAUGAGAAUAGGUGAAGCGGAGAAGUUUUGGACCCUCCCCAGCCAAGUCUGA